UUCGUUUCCUUUCCUGUGUGUCUCUGAUGUUAGUUAUGUCUUUCCUUGUAAAAAAUAAGUUAAUUUAAAUGUGGUUUUAUUUAAGAUAUCGUUUGUGUUCUUGAUGCCGUGCGUUAUCCAUAUAUAUCCCCAAGAUUGAAACGGUUUGUUGGAUUCCAAUUUUUCGUAAUAAAAUUAAUGAUUUCCAAAUCAAAAUAUUUUAUAGUUUUCUCUCAUAAUGAAAGGACGUGUUCAAUAUUAGAAUAGCUAAGAUUCUGGAAAUGUUUUGUUUUGUGACGGAAGAUUUUGAUUCGUUUUCUGUGCAUUAAAUAUUUGCCAGCUACUAUAGUAGCACUUGAUUAUCAGCUGUUUUGGCACCAAGUAUAAAUUAUAUGAAUUUUGACAUGGGAAAUUUAAGAAUUAUUUAAAAAAUGCUGGAAGAUAAGAACAGGGAGUUGAACUACGUCCUCAACCUUCUCUCCUUACACCUUAGAUCAGUAUUUUUGUGUUUACUAGAGAGAAAUAGUGAUUACAGAGGUUUGGAAGACGAACCAAAUGUUUGUUUUCAGAAGAGUGUCGGGGUUUUUACAAAAAUACUGAUUUUAUGUGUGUGAGGAGGGGAUGAACUUCAACGGUCCAAGAGAAAGCAGCAGAAGCUGUGCGGAAUAUGGAAAUCCUCAUCAAGAUAAUGAUAUAACAUCAACCAGCAAUUUUGCUGAUGUUGGGGUCCUCAACUAUGUUGUUGAACCUAGCUCAAAUAGUGCCAUAGCUACAUUUCCUGCUGGUAAUUCUAGUUCUAGAACUAAAGCUAAUGCACAGAUUCCUGUCAUUCCUAAUGUAUUGCGCAGUGGUACAAGACUACAUGAUGGUUACCAGCGAUAUAGUAGUGUAAAGCGAAAGGCAGAGACGCUUGAUCCACUACCAGUGAUUUUAGUCCAAAGUAGAGAUAACCAUGGAAUUGAAAGUCAGACUCACAACCGUGUUCAAGUUCAGCGUUCCAAUGAAAUACAGAAUCAGCAACAAGCUGGUACAUUGCAAAAACACGAGGGAGAAACCAAUCAUCACCAAACUGCUCAACGGUUGCAGUUCCAUAAGCACAGACCUAAAAACUCCUCUAAUGGCAAUGGAGUUUUCCAAAAUUCUACCAAAACGAGUUCUUCUGGUGGAGAAGGAGAUUAUCAUUUGGUCCAACAUGAAGUCUUGUAUUCGACAAGUUACCAGUAUGAAGUGCUGGAAUUCCUGGGACGAGGGACUUUUGGUCAGGUGGUUAAAUGUUGGAAAAAAGGAACUAAUGACAUCGUAGCAAUAAAGAUUUUAAAAAAUCAUCCUUCCUAUGCCAGGCAAGGUCAAAUAGAAGUUAGCAUUCUGACACGUCUGAGCCAAGAAGAUGCAGAUGAGUACAAUUUUGUGCGGGCUUUCGAAUGUUUUGCGCACAAAAGCCAUACAUGUUUGGUCUUUGAAAUGCUAGAACAGAAUUUGUAUGACUUCUUGAAACAAAAUAAAUUCAGUCCACUUGCUCUGAAGUGCAUCCGUCCGAUUUUGAUUCAGGUUCUAACAGCUCUUUUAAAGUUGAAGCAAUUGGGAUUGAUUCAUGCUGACUUGAAACCAGAAAACAUCAUGUUAGUAAAUCCCAAAACUCAACCCUUACGAGUCAAAGUUAUUGAUUUUGGUUCUGCCAGCCAUGUUUCAAAAACUGUUUGCUCUACAUACCUCCAAAGUCGUUACUAUAGAGCUCCUGAAAUCAUUUUGGGUCUUCCAUUUCGUGAAGCUAUUGAUAUGUGGUCUUUGGGCUGUGUUAUAGCGGAACUUUUUCUGGGAUGGCCACUUUAUCCUGGUUCUUCAGAAUAUGACCAAAUAAGAUAUAUCAGUCAGACUCAAGGUUUGCCUGCAGAACACAUGUUAAACAACGCAACCAAGACCAACAGAUUUUUUUAUCGUGAAUCUGAUACAAACUAUCCUUUUUGGAGAUUAAAAACGCCAGAAGAACAUGAAGCGGAAACUAAUAUCAAAUCAAAAGAAGCAAGAAAGUACAUUUUUAAUUGUCUGGAUGAUAUGGCUCAGGUCAAUGUGCCAAAUGACCUUGAUGGAAGCGAACUUGCCGCAGAAAAAAUUGACCGUCGAGAAUUUAUUGACCUAUUGAAAAGGAUGUUGACUCUGGAUCAGGAUCGGAGAAUAACUCCUUCAGAAGCAUUGAAUCAUAAUUUUGCUAAUAUGAGUCAUUUGUUAGACUAUGGUCAUUGUGAAAAUGUGAAAGAAGCGGUACGUCUGAAUGAAGCCUGCAAAAGACAUAAACGCAACUGUGAUCUUAAUAGUAAUCAAAUGCCUAUGGCUCCUGCAUUUCCUGCUACUAAUGGUGGACUUCUCCUCCAAAAUCAAAGGAUUAGUAUGCCCCAGCAUCAAGCUUCAGCUCGAAGCAAUGGAGCUUCUGUAGUGAACAAUAGCAUUUAUGGUUCUUCACAGUCUCGUGCCACUGACCCCUUCCAGCAUGUGGCUCCAUCCCUCUGUGUGUCUUCUAUACUGUGCCCACCAUAUCAGAGUUUGAAUUCUCCUGCCAAGCACGUUGUACCAAUUGUAGCUGCCCAGGCUGCUCAGCCACCUGCUCUCCAAAUUCCACAGUCACUCUUGACACAAGUUGGAGCUCAGCAGUAUGUGCCUGUAUCUGUAGUGGAGCAAAAUGGUCGCCAAAUGUUGUUUGCUAAUGCUUUACAACCUGAGUGGCCUGGUAACAGACAGAUGUUUGUGCCAUCUUGGCAACCUAGACCAUUCCAACAACCUGUCAUUCCAGAAGCUGAAACUUGGGGACGUCCACUUGUUCUUGAAAGAGCAGCUUUGCUUCCAGAACAGCCUUCCUUGAUUCCUGUGGAGGUUCAUGACACUGCUGCUGUGUACAACCAUCUGAGGGAAAACAAUCAGUUGAACUCUCUGCUUCCACCACAAAGUUCUGGUUCCACUUCUAAUUUGGCUCAGCCAUGGACAAUUAUGCCUGCACCAGCUCCAUUUGCAGCUGCUCCAUCUAAUCAGCAGCAUCGGCACAUUCAACAGGCUAGCUCUUCCCACCGUGUCCUGAGUAAAAUUUCUUCCAGUACUCACAAUACUCCUUCAAAGAGACCAGCAAAGGCUAUCAGAGAAAGAGAGCCAGAUCCUCAUUACUCUCCUGCUAGAAAACGAUUGAAGGAAAAUAAUGUGAAAUUCCAGGUUCCAAUGAGUACAAUAAGUGGAAUGUACACAAACAACCCUGUUUCACAAACAAGACCAUUACCAAAUCAAACUGUGCAUUGGACUUCCCAUAAUUCAAAGCCCACUAUAAAAUCUAGCUCCAGAAUAACUAAUGUUUGUGAGAGAGAUGGACCAGAACAAACGAUUAUUAUUUGCGAUACACCCAGUCCGGCUGUCAGUGUGAUAACAAUCAGCUCUGAUUCUGAAGAUGAAGUUGAUCCUGUUGUUAUUGCUCCUGAGAAGAAGAAUAAAAUUGCAACAAAUCAGCACAUGACUAACAUAGCUGUAGCAACAACUUGCGACAGUGUUAUUCCUCUCACACCUGACAAUCAUGGAUAUUGCAACAAAUAUUAUCCUGAUCAGCGAAACAGCCAAUUCAAUUCGAAUUUUAAAGUUCAGCAAAAAGUUAGUUGUGUAACUGUAUUUGAUUCAGAUUCAGAUGACCAAAAUAGUCCUGUAAAAAAUCAUAUGUCUGUAACAGCUAAAGUUAUUAAGCCAGAACCACAAAAGGAAAACUCAAGAGCUACAGUUUGCCAAAAGAAAAAGAUAGCUAAUUCAUAUCAUCAACAUUGCCAAAUGAAUAAUUCCAUUGUUCACACAAAGCAAGAAAUCAUUACAGAGGAUGAUUUAAAUGUUUCUCGUGCUCAUUCAAUUAUGGCUGCUGCUCUAUCCGAUGUAACAUCAGGUUCUGCAACUCUUCCAACUCUUUUGUCAGGCCAGUAUUCUGGAAAUUUUUCCAAACACAAUGACCUCUGUCUGAUGACUCAUUUUUGUGGACGUGAUCAAAAGUCGAGUAUUAUCAUAGAAAAUGGGGAUCAAAUAUCUACGAGUGAUGAUUUAGUAAGACAAUCCCAACUACCCACAUCUAUCCACGGCUCUCCCACGUCUCAUAUCAGUCAACCACUAUAUUUAACGGCUAGUCAGGCUGAUGUGUAUAGGGAUUUUUGUAGAUCUACAGUAUCUUCAAAUCUCUCUCAACCAACCUAUAUAUCAACUCAGUCUGAUAAGUACAUCCUAACAGCUACUGAGCAUUCUGCAUCUACUUCUUUCGCUGCUGCUCAGUUACCUGUACCACCUCCUGCGCACCAUCACACAAGCCGAACCACCAUCACUUCGUCAAUACCUUAUUCAGGUACCAGUAGUCAUCCUUUACCAGCACAUAUGCAACCAGCUACGGUCGGAGCUACAUCAACCCUGGUUCCUACAUCUGCCCUUCCAUUGGUGUCCUUUCCUACGACCUUGCCUCAAGCUCCUGGAUCAGCUUUAUGUGCAUAUACUAUGAGUGGUGGAAGUCCAACUAAAUCCCAGUUCCAUAUAUAUUGCUGAAUGGCAUUUUGGACCCAAUCGAAGCUUCACAUUUAGCAUCGUGUCAGCAAUCAAUGUAGAAGCUUUUGAUGGGAGAAAUGCAUAAAAUUCAGCUUAGGAGAUUGAACUGUUACUUUUUGUAUAGUUAUAUUUGUAAACUUGCUUUGAAUAUUUGUCAGUGGUAUAUUUUAGAAUUCUGAGACUUUGAAAGGGUGACGGUUGUAAUCUAUGGCUGUCAUUGAACACAAUAGCAGAUUGGAAUGUUUAUAUCUGCUUAUAUCUUGACAACAGUUUUUCUUUGUACAUUAAACUGUUUUGACGCAGCUUUAGAUUGGUUGCAAAGGUAAAAGCUAGUCUUAACUCUCAGGAAGGCCUUGUAUUGUUAUUUGAUUUUUACGAGAUACUUGGCCUUUGAAAAAACAAAUUCUCAACUAUGCAUGUACUCAAGAAGGCGCUGACGAAAAAAACUUUAAUUAGUGAUGCCUCUGCCUAUCUUGAUGGGUUCUUUUUUAUCAUUCUUUUGUGAGAUGAAAAUCGAAAUUUGUUAUUUUUAUGUAUCUAAAAAAAUUGUGAGAAAUGCCUGUAACAGUUGUUACUUUUUAGUGAUGCCAGUGUCAUUAAGAAAUGUGCAUAUUGUCAACUUGUAAAAAAAAAUGUUUAAAAAAAAAUCUGUACAAAUUUGAAUGUUCAUCAAGAAUAUAUUUAGCACUGUAAACAAAUACUCUAUUACUCCUGAAUUGUGCAAAAUAUUUUGGAAGAACAUUUUGUUUGCAUAAUUCUUGAGGAAUUGUCUAUCAUUAUUAGGUUGUCAAUUUUGAAAUUUUAGCAGUGUACUACAACGAUAUUUAAAAAUGCAAAAACCACGAAGCCUAUAUCUUCAAAUAUAGAAUAUUUUUUAGAAGCUUUGAACAGCUGUAUUCAAGGGAGGGGGAAGAAAAUUUUAUUCUAUUAUUUUAUUGAAUUUAUAUAUGUACGAUUCUAAAUGCAAUCUAAUUUUUUUUCUUUAAAAAAUAUUAAUCUUAUUAUGGGAAAGAAAUGUGUGUAAUGAUGAUGAACAUCUAAUAUAAUGAAUUUCUGUUUGAUUUACGUGAAUUUAAAUCUUGAUGUAUCCAAUCUCUUUACAGCUGCUUAAAUUUCUCUGAAAAGUGUUCUAUAUAACAAAAAUAGUGACUUAAAAUUUAAUAUAUUUUAUAUUCAUUUUAAAUUAAAUGGAUUUCCAAUUUUAUAAUAUUAAAACUAAACUAUUUUCAACCAUUGUUAAUAAUAGUAUUUUUUAUCAAACACUUUGCUCUCUAUGGCAUAUUAUAUAGUAUUCAGAUAAAAUUUGGUGUUUAUUAAAUUUUAAUUUGUUUUUUGUAGUUAUAAUUGAUAGAAUUUAAAUUUUAGAAACUUAUUUUUUUACAAGAAUAAUUAAUCUGAACUUUUAUUUAAAAAUAUUUAAAAUAAAAUAGAAGUACCACAAAUGUCCAUAUUCUUGUAAAGUAAUGCCUUAUAGUCUAAGCUUCAAUGAAGCUUAUCCUCCUGCCUUUGAGUUUAACUGCAUAGAUCUACUUUUUAUUUAUCCAAGAUGUGCUGGAAUCUAUAUAAGAUUCUUAUUAGAUAUUAUAGUAUAGUUUUUCUUAUGCCAUGAAAGCAAGCUGUUUACUAAAAGGAACAUUAAAUGAUUUAUCAGUUUAGUAGUUAAAAAAUGUAACUGCAUUACAGUUUUACAUUUAGGAUAAACAAAACUAUGCACUUUUCUUUUUUGUCAAAUGCAUUAUGUAUCUAUGCAAUAUACUUUUUGAUAUGCUGUAUACGAUAGUGUCUUAAUUGUUUAAAUGAAUUUUUAAUAAAAAAAAUUUAACUUGCCAACUAUGCAAUUUUCAGGGCAAUAAUAUGCUGUUUGUUGAUGUUGAAACUAAACUAUGCAAUUCAUAGCCUAUGCAAUUUAAAACGAACUUGAAAUAUUCAUGAAAUGUUUCAGUAAUAAAUGCCUUAAUAUAUGAUUUAGUUUUAUUACGAAAUUAUAGAUUAAUGUUUGCAAGUCUUGUGAUAGAGUUUAAUAUAUAUCUAUGCAAUAUAUUAUCUAGAGGAAUAUUCGUUUUUUCUACCUUUAAAUUUGUAUUCAAUUCAAAUGAGAAAUUGUACUUGCUUUUAUGAAGCAAUGUCCGGAAUUGUUAGAAUUAAAUUUUUCUUAUUGGAAGUUAUAUCGAUAUAGAAGCCAAUAAUUCACAUUCACAGGAAUUAAGCAGUAUAAAAUUUUUUAAAGAAAUGAAAGCAAUCAUUUAAAAUGUAUAUAAAUUAUAAAAUCAAUGGUGAUCUUGUAAUGAAAAUUUCUACACUUUGACUUGCAGACAUUAGAUUUUUCUGUAACUUCUUUCAAACAAGAGUGAAAUAUCCACACUUUGUAUAUGUUUCCCUAAAAUUUCUCUUAUGUGAUUUAUAUAGAUUUGUAGAUAUAUAAAAGUCUUGUAUUUUUAUUUAAUUUGUCCUUAAGAUGCACUUUUUUGUGUUUAUGUAUUUGCUAAACACUUAUUCAUCUACUGUAAGAUUGUCCCAAUGAUUUGUGUUUUUAUGUUUUAAUUUAUAUGUACUCAAACUUGCCUAGCUAGAAGUAAUAUUUUUUUUUUUUUUAAAUGUAAGCUAGGUAAUUAUUAUUGUGAGAUUUUUUUGUUAGUCUUCUCUUUUGAAAUAUUGUUUAUUGUAUUGCAUUUGUUAUAUUUAAUGUAGGUUACUUUAGUCUGUAAAUUUAUAAUUACAAUGGCUUUCAGUUCAUUUAAUCCCAUGCUAGUCUUGCAAUUUGUCACAUUACCUCUUAUUAGCUUUGUGUUUCUUGUACUUUUGUAAACAGUUAUCUUUAUUUAUUAUGGUCUAGUUAUUCCUAAAUAUUUAAACACUAUAACAUAGGUCCUCAACCAUUUACCUUGUAUUUUUACAUUAUUUAUAUGAAUUUGAUUUUUUUAAAAAUCUUCUGUGAACCUUAAUUUUUUCUUCCAAUUAAACUAUUCCCAGAUAAAAAUUUAAAGCGUUGAUUUCAGUUCAGUCACUUGCUUAAAUUAAAAAAAAAAAAAAAAAAAAAAAAUGCAAAGAUAAUUUUUUCUUAGUAUUGAUAUUUAAAUGCUGAAACUAAAUUCCAUAUCGUAUUUUUAGAUUCAUGAUGUUAUUUCACAUAUUUUCUAAGCAGUUCAAACUAGGUUGGUCAAACAUAAAAAUUUUCCAACAUAUGUAAUGUGGACAAAGAUUAGUUUCCCCCCAACUUUUGUAAAAGCAAAUUGUAUAUUAAAAGAGGGAAGAAAGCAAUUUCAGUUUUUGAUAACUAAAAUGUGAAUAAAUCUUUUUAUUCAACCAUAAUAAAUUAAUGUAUUAAAAUAUUAGAUUGAGCAUAUAUUUAAAAUUUGUACUAUUGCAUUUAUUAUUUUUUAUUCUUCCUACUCUUUCAUUUUUAUACUGAAGACCAAAGUAGUAAAUAAUUUAUUUGUAUAUUUUGGAUACUGUUACCUUUCAACUAUUAUUAACUAAACUCAACUAAGCAAAUUAAAUCUAUAUGAGUCAAAUAAAUUAAACUGACUUUAACAAAUGGAUAAAUUUAUUAUUAAAUUAAAAAUAUUAAUGAAAUUCAAGUUUGGUUGGAGACCUAUGAAUUUUUUAAAUCGUGUUUAACAGGCCUUUUUAUCUAAUUGGGACAUUUUAUUUUUCCAUUAGGAAGAUUAUUUUAAUAUUUACAUACUUUGUAUGUAAUACUAAUUAUACCUCUUAUUCCAUAGUACAAACACUUUUGUAAAGUUUCCGAUAAAAAGAGAAUGUAAACUUAUUUUUUGCAGUACUUAAGAUGUGUUAUGCAAAUUUAUUUUUAUGUCAGUCAAUCUUGACAUGAUUAUAUAACAGUAAUAUUAUUGUUGACUAUAACCACCAUUUUGGUAGCCUAAAUAUUUAGAUAUUUUAAUAAAAGUUCGUUUAUUUUUGAAAACGAAAUCCUCCUCGUUUAUAUUAAUUAGAAAGAUAUAAACAUCUAGAACUAUUUUUGCAAAGAAACAUUUUUGUAGGUAAUUUUUUUAAAGUAUAGUGCUGCAAUUAAUAUUACAUGUCAUUCUAUUGUAUGUAAAGAUUCUUUUUAAGUGUGUUUAACUUAUUUGCAAUUUUUGUGUGCCAAAAAUUCUGACUGGGAAAAAGUGUGCAAAAAUUCCUACAUUUUAUCUUGUCUGGAAAAAAUGUCUAUUUUUAUUUACCAGAUUAAAAAUAUGAGCAUCAAUAAUGCUUGUGUAAAAGUAGCUUGUGCUCAUAUAAUUUGUAAAUUAUGUUAAACACUGUAUUCAAAUCAGAAAAGGAAAAAAAAUGUUUUUACUUCUUUAUGUUAAUGUGUGUAAUCACAAAAAAGACAUUUUACUUUUUUUACUAUAAAUUUUUUAAAUGUAUACGAAUAAAUAAGGAAAAGGAUAAAAUGAAUUGUUGCUUUGCAUAUGACCAUACCAGUUUGAAUUUGCAUACUCUUGUAAACAUUACUCAAUGGUGAUGGAAUGUGAAAUCAUAGGGUGUGAUGUAUUCUCUCACCUUUUUCUCUGACACAUGAGUUGCAACUGUAAGCUCCAAAUGUUUUGCACUUUUUUAUAGAUUAUAGUGAUAUGCCAGUGAUAGGAAAAUAUUAAAAUGUAUACCUAAUCCUAUAUUGUUUCUGAUUAGUGUAAAUUUUGUAAAGCAACAAUGAAAAAAAAAAUAGAAAAUUUUGUUAAAUAAAUUUUUUUAAAAAUA